AUGGUUAAUAUCUUAUGGAGCACAUCUAUAGUCAUUUUAUGUGUGGAAGUCGUAGUGGGAAAUUUAGGAAAUGGAUUCAUAGCACUGGUGAACUACAUGGACUGGGUCAAGAAAAGAAAGAUGUCUUCCAUUGAUCAAAUCCUCACUGCUUUGGCUCUCUCCAGACUUGGUCUGCUCUGGAUUGUACUUGUAAAUGUAACGUCAUCUCCACCUUCACUGUUGGAAGCCAUAAAAAAGAUUGGAGUAGUGAUGCGAGUGGUGUGUAUCACCUGGAUUGUGAUGGAUCACUUUAACGUCUGGCUUGCUUCAAGCCUCAGCAUCUUUUAUUUUCUCAAGAUAGCCAGAUUUUCUAACUCUGUAUUUCUUUACCUAAAGUGGAGAGUUAAAAAAGUGGUUGUGGUGACAUUGCUGGCGUCUCUGGUCUUCUUGUUUCCACGUAUUAUCCUGAUGAACACAUACAUUGACGCCUGGAUUGAAGAAUCUAAAAGGAACACAUCUCACACUUCCAGUUUAAGGAUCUUUGCACAACUUUCCAGGCUUGUGGUAAUGCUCACCCUCAUUUUUCUGUCUGUACCCUUUUUUGUGUCCUUGACAGCUUUACUCCUGCUAAUCUUUUCCCUGUGGAAACAUCACAAGAAGAUGCAGCACAAUGCCCAAGGAUCCAGAGAUGCCAGCAUCAUGGAGCACAUAAAAGCUGUGAAAACUGUCAUCGCCUUCCUCUUACUGUAUACCAUUUUAUUUCUGUCUGUUGCUUUACAGCUUUCUAGCUUUGAUAUAUUGGAGAAAUUUCCAAUCAUGUUUAUGUUCCAUGCUGCUGGAAUGGUUUUUCCUUCAGUCCACUCAUGUGUCCUGAUUCUGGGAAAUAGUAAGCUGAGACAGGCUUCUCUUUCUGUGCUGCAGUGGGUGAGGUACAGGUGCAAAGAUGGGAGACCCCCAUGUCUCUAA